ACGUCAUUGGAUAUCAAAGGAUUAAUGACUUUAAAUGAAACGUAAUUAGUUUAUUAAAUAAAUAAAAUAUAUUUUUUUUUUUAAUUGAAAUAAAUAGAAUGCAUUUAAUUUAGAUGUAUACAUUAUCAUAAAAAAGAGAAAUUACAUUAGCGUUAUAAUCGCGCACGUGUCUCCACGGUAGUGUAGUGGGUGGGGGGUUGCGUGAAUGAAAAGCUCGAUCGGAAAGGCGGGGAGGGAGAGUGAUCUAUAGUCGUACAGCGAGAGGUCGAAAGAUGGCACGGUGAUCGUGCGGCGCCAGCUUGAAACACCUGACGGUCGACUUAGCAGUGCAGCAUGGACUCGGCUGGCAGGCACACACUUCUUUCAAAGAAAACAGGUGCCAACGGCGAACGUGCUGUCGAGUACCGUUGUCGGAUCGCACGCGAGUGAGACACACACACACACAYAAUAGUGGUGUAACAAUAAAAAACGAAAUAUCCUAAGAAAAUAUCCUUAUUCCCAAAGCUCAUUGAGACACUCAACCUUUACAUGAAUACGAUUUACGAACUAUUAUUCUUUUUGGAAAAGAUGAGAAGAAAUACGAAAUAUGAUAAUAGACAAACAUUGCAAUCGUAACGAUUAGAAAAUAUUUCAAUAUUUUUUAAUAAUAAUCGACAUUUGAAAAUAUAUAUAUAUAUAUAUAUAUAUAUUCAUUCGUCUUUAGUCCAUGCGAAUAAUCGGUGAGGUUAGUCGCGAGUUCAAAAUUCCCGCGCGUGAUCUCUACCCUUCCCGCCCUUCCAUUCAGCGUACGCGUCGAUCAUCAAGUAUAUAAAACGUAAGGGCCCGCGAGUAGUCGCACGAUAAAGAUGUGACGCAAUUUGGACGUUCCUUUUACCGGCCCUUCGGAAGUGAGCGCGCGGAAAGAGGAAGAGCGAGAGAGAUAGAACAAAUUUUUACAUUAAUUUUUCUUUUUCUUUUUCUUUUUCUUUUCAAUAAAAGUAAACAAAAAUGACAGCGAAACGUUUAUCGAUAAUGAAGGUACUAUUUCUAUUGACAAUUUUUAUAUUUGAACUGAUCUACGCCAAGGAUGGAUCGACAUUGGAAUACGAGGAUUUUCUAAUAACCACCGAGAGCUAUGUUCAUCUUCGCGUCGAUAGAGAAACAACCGAGGAGGAAGAGAAAGUUCAAGGUCUGGUGUCCUCGAGUACGGAGAUAUACUCGGCUGAAGUACUCUCCUCUAAAGCUAAGAGGGAACAGGUCCUACGAAACAUUCUUGCAGCACGAAGACGACGAAUGUCGAAGCAACGUAACAGCCGUCUCAUCGAUGUCACUCGAAAGGAUCCACCAGAUAUCCUGGAAGCACAGGAGACGAAACACGAGGUCUAUGCAAGUGUUCCUCUACUGAAGAACGGGACCGACGUUGACAAGGAAACGUUAGGAGCAACGAUGGAAGAGAACUUAACGACGUUGAUGAGUGAACACCGCGAGGAUACCGAGUCAACAAUGACAAUGGCGCCAGUAACGAGCAUUCCUUUCAAGUCUUUGGAAGCUGAUAAUAUCCGUAGAAAAAAUACAGUAUCCAUGCCGGAGUCCCUUUACAAGCACUUUAGACCAGUUGAAAGUAACAUUCCGAUGGAGGACAUGUCGCAGUUCUUGUAUUUCGGUCAGAAACUACAACCAGAGCUGCAGAACGUAACGACAAUUGUUAACGAUUCGAACGAGCUUGUCUCAGUCACUCCACCAACCAUAAGAAGGAGAAACCCUAGUAAGAGAACCAGCUUGUCCUCUUCUGCAACGACAACGACAACGACAACGACAACGACAUCGACGACAACGACAACUACAACAUCUCCACCUGAAGAAAUCACAAAGGAGGAGACCAACGUUGCUUUGGAAAGACGCAUAAUUGAGAAGAACAAAGUAUCUAAGACGACUAAAAGCACGUUAAGAGAUCUGCCGAAUUCGUAUUACAGAAAAGCGAGAUUGUCGGAUUCAACGAUCGCCACGAACGUAAUUCCUAGCAAGGACAUGACACAUAAUGAUAACAUAACGAAAUUAGAAGAACAAGUGGAGGAGCGGAGUAGGGAUAAAGAUAGUGUUCAAAAGACAAAAGUGUCAAGAGGAAGUUUUCGAAGAAGUAAGAAGGUAGAAGAUAUCGAAGAAAAAGCAGAAAUUGAUAAUCGUUCCGAGUACCGUUCGAAGGAUGAUAAGAAGUCUCGUGAGAAUAACAGUAUUGACGAGACUACGACCCGUUCAACGACUUUAAGAAUCAUCGUGAUGGAACCUGAACCAUCGAUUAAAGACUCUUCUACGACGACGACCACGACGACCACKACGCCGACGACGACGACGACGUCGACGACGACGUCGAGGAGCACAACGAAAGAGACUCGCCGGCAUCAGCCGCAACACGUGUACGCGUAUACGAUAACCAACGUGACAAGACUGUUGCGCAACUACACCGGACCUGGGCUAAGUGGAGAGACUGGAGUAAGAGGAAGAGGAAGAGCUGACGAAGUAGGAAGAACAGGAGGUGGUGGAAGCUCUCGGAGGAGUAAUGCUUCUAGCGAGAUAACGAACACCAGGGUAGAGUCACCAUCGACGGAGGCUUCCGCCGGUGCUGCCGGCGUCAGUGAGGAGCCCUCACAAUCCGCUGGACUCAGUACUGGCAGGAGCGUCGAAGCGGUUGGAAGACCGAGCACGAUCGCUACUCCCUCAUUGGUGGGGGAACGACGAAGAAAAGUUCUUGCUAGCGGUGCCCACAGAGCCGGCGUUCAGUCAGCGCCGCAACGCGCACCCGUGAGAAUCGCGAGCGCUCUUACUCGAAAUAGACAACAUUAUCAACAGCAUCAUUUGUCUGAUCGAGUUGCCCUUGUUAUCGACGAAGGUACUAACGCGGAUCAUCAUCAUAGAAGUUUUCUACGAAAAUCAGCUAGCGCUGUUUUACACAGCGGUGUGGUGAACCCAACUGACGCGAGCCCGGAAGCAAUGCCUUCCACGGGCACUCGAGAUUCCAUUCUCCUCGACGCUGACAGAAGAAAUUCCCUUGAUCUGGAGCGCCGAGAGAAUGAAUCUCGUACUGAUAAUGAAACCUCCUUGAAGGUCAAUCAAACCUUCGAGAAUAUACUUGCAACUAAUGAAAGUUUGUUAGCUAUGAACGUACCGGAAGAAACAACUAUCGUUUAUCUUCUUCCAUCAUCGUUAUCAACUGAACCAUCGACCGAGAAUCUCUCCGACUCCGAUACCAAAGACGAAGUUCCGAAGGAGAGUAACUACGAGCAUUCAACUACGCAAACAAUAAUGACGGAAGUCACAACUAGUGCAUCCGUCUCUUCGGUUACACCCAAGUUACUCGUUGAAACAACAUCUAGUAAUAAUCGUAUUACCACCAAAGAGACUCCCACUUCGACCUCGACGGAAUCUCUUAAUCGAUUAACUUCCAGUAGGAAACCAGAUCAAGAUAGACCUUUCGGUUUAGCGGCCGACCUUGAUCCAUCAGAAAUUCAAAAAAUGUAUAGACAAAAUACUUCGAGUACGGAGAGUAAUACUUUUCCAAAUUUGGAAACGUCUACCAUUUCGACGACAAGUCAAUUACCUAUUCAAAUUGGACAAAAACAAAUACACGAAAUGCAAGAAAACAGAGGGCGUAGUCUUUCUGACAAAACAAAACAGGAAGACGAUGUGCUGCCUAUAAUGCAGCUCUACAACACUUCAGAUAUUUUCGACGACAGCAGCACCCUCGGUCCUGCUACUCGUACGGUCGAACUACCCUUAGAGGAAAAUAAUACGACUAAAGACGUGCAAGAGUCUCCACAGGAAGCACCAGCUUCUCGAUAUACCACUCCUUCUGCUACCAGCAAACCCACCGUUAAAUCCACUCCUAAAUCCACCCCUAAAACUACCCCUAGAACCACUCCUAAAUCUACAAGCACAUCUUCCACUUUCGUUAACAGGACGAGGUACAAAUCGAGUUAUCCUAAUCGCUCCAUUAUAACGGAUUAUUCUGACUUAGGAUAUCAACCAAUCGAAUUUAAUAGGACGUUCUUUGAUAGUGGUUCGAUCGCUGUUAGUUCACGAGAAUCAGUGAAUAUCAGUGAAGUGACCAAAAGACACGAUGGUGAUGCUAUCGCUUCUCAAGAAACAGUAGCUGUAGUCAGUUAUAUUUUGGCUACUCUCGUCGUAUUUCCAAUUGCCGUUGGCGUUGGACUCAUUUUAAGAAGACUGAUCAUUAGGAAUCGUAAGGUGCUUGAAGAAUCAGACACGUCAUCCGAGAUAAGUUACAGAAAGGAUGCUCUUAAUCUUGAAAAUGGUGAUUUUAAAACGUCCAUAGAAAAAGCGAUUACAAAACUACCGAGGAUACAACAUUUGUGUCACGAAGCAGAAAAACCACCACCACCUUCGUCGCAAGAAUCCAGAUGGGAGUUUCCUAGAGAUAAGCUUAGGUUACAGACGGUCCUUGGGCAAGGAAACUUUGGACAGGUUUGGAAAGCCGAAGCCGACGAUUUAACUGGUCAUCAGGGUACAACGAGAUUGGUGGCUGUGAAAACUGUAAAGGAAGGUGCUUCAGAACGAGAAAAAGAAGAUCUUGUUCGAGAAUUAGAGAUCAUGCAACAACUUGGUAGUCAUCCGAACGUUGUAACACUUUUAGGUUGUUGCACCGAAGAGGAGCCCCAUUAUCUGAUACUAGAAUACGUAAUGUACGGAAAGCUAUUGGCUUAUCUACGCGAUCACCGCACCAGGCAGGACUUUUACAAUUUCAGUGAGGACUCGGCGGCCCUGACAUCGAGAGAUCUGACGGUAUUCGGAUACUGCGUUGCACGAGGCAUGGAAUAUCUCGCGUCAAAAAAGAUAAUUCAUCGCGAUUUAGCAGCCAGGAACGUCUUAGUUGAUCAUAAUAAACUCUGCAAAAUCGCGGAUUUCGGAAUGUCAAGAUUUGCGAACAAAGAUGGUGAAGUUAUUGAAACUAGACACGGUAGAAACGCAUUACCGAUAAGAUGGAUGGCACCGGAAUCAUUGAUUUAUUCUCUUUUUACUACGAAAACCGACGUAUGGAGCUUCGGCAUUUUGAUGUGGGAAAUAGUCACUCUCGGUUCAACGCCGUAUCCGGAUAUGACGGCAAGGGAAGUCAUGCGGAACGUGCAAAACGGUUAUCGCCUCGAGAGACCGUCCCACUGUCGAAGUGAACUCUUCAGGGUGAUAUCCCGAUGUUGGCACGCUGAUCCUAAUCGCAGACCAGAGUUUCAGAUUCUCAGAAGGGAUCUGGCACAGUUACUCGAGGACAAUAUGAACGGCCAUUACGUCGAUCUCGAGAGUUUUGCUUCCGAGUGCACCGACUGACGACAUUUCAAAUAAACUCAUCCUACUUUCUACCCCCCCCCACCCCGCUCCCCCUUUUUCCCCAUAACUUCGAUACUUUUGAUAUUUACGUCGAAUUAAAGAGAACAGAAUGAUUUUAGAGAUAACAGAGUUUAAAUCAUAACAGACUAAGUUUGCCAUUUUGAUUGCCGAACUUUACGUCGAGGUAAACGAGACAAGAUUUUUGUUAAUUUAUAUCUCUUUCUUCCUUUUAUAUAUUACAUAUUAUAUAUAUAUCAGGAUAUGAAUUAUCCUGCGAUAAAAUCAAAUCACGUUUGUACUCAGGAAAAGAUUGAAAUGUGAACAAAAGAGGUGAAAGAAUGAAAACCUUUUAUUCAUAGAUUUACAUCCGUCCAGAACAUGUUUUCUUUUAAACGAGUGUGUCGUUGUUGUUACUCGAUUGUGAAGCAUUGUGUAUCACACAGGAACCAUUAGUUAAGGGUUCAAAAUGUGCUAUAAUAUUAAUUUAUUCGUUAGGUACUUAAUUAAUUAUCAUAAACAAGACAAACUCGACAAUAACACUGCAUCGUGUUUUUUACAAAGAUAAUAAUAUUUCUUUCACGAUAUUUCAUACGUUAUAUUUCUCCUCGUCAUUUGUAUUUCGUUGUCGCGAAAUUGUAUAUAUUAUUAAAGUUACAAUCGUAUUGUUAUAUUAUAUAUAUAUAGAUAGAUAGAUAGAUAGAUAGAUAGAUACAAAAAAAUAUAUGUAUUUUGUUUAACGUAAUUACCCUUAAUCAAAAAAAGCAAAAAAAAAAAAAAAAGAAGAAAAAGGUACGAAUGUUUAUCUUACGUUUUCCAUCAGUUUAUAAUUAUUGUAUCAAUAUUAUUCAAUCAUCGUAUCAUUAUGAUUAUUUUAGAUUUCGUUAUUAUUAUAUAAUAAUAAGUAGAAGGUUAGAUAUCUAUCGUUGUGGGCGUUUAUUUUUAAUCAUUCUAGUCUUUCGACACAUUUGGAGUAUCGAUUGGUUAUCAUUCACGAAUUAGCAUUUACUUGAACUCUUUAUUUUUUUCAUUUGUUCAAAAAAAAAAA